AAGGGAGACAAUCGAUAUCGUUCUCAAGAUGGCGGCAAAUUUGUCGUAAUCAUGAAGCUUAGAAAAGCAUCAGAUAGUCCUUCUGAUCGAAUGCGAUGCAAAGUAUUGUGGCAUUUCAGAGCGUCAAGUAGUUUCAAUGCCUUGUGUGUUGACAGAGUCUUUAGACAAAAAGGAUUAAACAUAGUGACUGGUGGAGAAGAUGGAAAUGUGCGAAUUUAUGAGAUUGAUGGGUGCUCACCGUCUUCAGAGCCGCAGGUGCUUAUAGAAACAAAAGGUGGACCUAUCCAGUGCCUUGCUGUACAUAAUGUGACAAGGUUCGGACAGAAAGAUGUUACAGCUGUCGACAGCCAGGGGACUCUCACUGUCUUGUGUGGUCAGCAGAUCUUGUCUCGCCAAAGUCUGGCAGCACAUGCUUUGACUUGUCUCCAAGUGCAAGAAGAUGGGCGAGGUUACAUUGAAAUUGUGACAAGCACAGAAGGAGGCCUUAUCACAGCUUGCCAAGCAUCAUCACAGUUGUGGAGUUUCAAUUUGAAUGACAUUAUUAAAGCACCAUCCUCCCCAGUGUCAGUGAAAUGCUUGCUGGCUGUGGAGCUGCCAGAUUCUCAAGGACACAGUGUACACUACUUGUUGGCAGCUGACAACACUCAGUGUCUCCACUUGAUUCUUCAUGGACACAUUGUUACUUCUCUUCCACUGCCUGCUGUGGUUAAUGCAAUGGUGCAAGGGAAUUUCUUCCCUUCCUCUCAGUUAGGGUCUGCAGGAGGUGGCGUUGGUGGGGGAGUUGAUUCCAGGCAAGUUGCAUUAGGAUGUUCCUCAGGGUCCAUCUACAUCUUCUACAAUAUGUCAGUGACUGCUGAAGAAGUGGCUCGUGCUGAAAGCCCUAUCACUCAGUUGGCAGCGCUUACCUUGCCUGACAGUCCACUGGACCUUUUGCUGUGUAGUGGUCACUUUGCUGCUCUCAAUGUCUACCGUCAUGGAGAGCUGGCAUACAAACAUGAAACAAAUGACUGGGUGAACUCUAUUGUCACAGCAGAUGUGGACAGUGAUGGAGUAAAUGAAGUUGUGAUUGGAUGUCAAGACAACACAAUAUCUGCACUUAAGUUCUUGUAAAGAAGAUUACAGUUUUAGAAUUGAUCUUUAGAUGUUUAUAUGGUGCAAGUUGAGUAAUGUAUGAGCAUUAAGAGAGGUAGCACAUGCACAUCUGUGCAAUUUUCUGUGGUAUGUGUGGUUUUGUGUGUGAUUGCAUACAAGGGACAUGAGGUCGACCAUAAUGAUGCUGCUUUGUUUUAGGCAUUUAAUGUAGGGCAGCAAAAGUAAAAUAAAUGCAUAGUCAUGCAUGCACAAUAAAUGUUUUUUUUUGAGCAAUCUGAAGUACUCAAGCUAAUGCUGAUAAAAAAUUUACAAGGGUUAAACAUUACAUUUCCAUGUUCAUCCAAUAUGUUUGUGGCUUCUUCCCCUUUAAAUAUCUUUUAAUUUAUGGCCCUAGAAUACAAGAAUGAAUGCUAAAGGAUUAAAAUCGGUUUUAUCUAUUUAUUUUCCAUCAAAAUUUCUUACAUUUUUAUUUACGUUUAUCUGGAUAGCAACAUCAUUAACACAGCAAAGGUGCAUGACUCAAAUGUGACAUCUGCCUAUGAAAAUAUAUGAAUUAUGCAUAUAAAUAAAUUAUUUGUGAUGA